AUGUACUGUCGUCACCAUAUCAAUCGUCGCCCUUUCAAAUAUGUGGCACGGUGGAAGUUGAGCAUUCUUGAGAUCCGGGAAAAGGCAGGUUUAAAGAUGAUGCCGACCAUUGACAGUAAUGCGCCAGGCGAAUUCAGAAGUCAAACACGUACUCCUGAUGCUCGAGAUACUAGAAGGUAUUCUACCAAGAACAACACUAGCCUCGUCUCGCAAAAUCGAGGACUGCCAGCUCCGAGAAGCUCGCGACCAUUAGCUCUAGAUCUGGCUCAGGAUCUAGCCGCAUUCUGGCCGAAGACUGAUGACAGGACCCCUUUCGACAUUCUUUCGAGGAGCAACAGACCUGCUGACUACACAUCGUCAUAUCAUCUGAUUCAAAGCCAACUCAAGAGGCCUUUGGAUGAGAUUGAGCAGCAUGAGGGAUAUGUCUAUCUAUAUGAGGUCAAAGGAAACAGUGGCUUCGUGAAACUUGGAUACACCCGUGGUCCCGUCAAGGUGCGCCAUCAAGACUGGACCUUCGACUGCAACAGGGUCGCUAGAACCCUAUACCCAAUUCCUUCCAGCUCUGCUAUACCGGUACGAAAUGCCAAGCGCCUUGAGGCUUUAUGCCACGCGGAGCUGGACCAUCGCAGGAUCAGGAUCUAUUGCAAAGGUUGUUUUAAGCAGCACAUUGAGUGGCUUGAGAUUUCUCCUGAGGAGGCGAUUGCAGUUAUUCGGAAGUGGUCGAACUGGAUGGCAACGUUCCAUAUGAGAUGCCUCGGCUGA